AGGUAUAGCGGAUCGUUUCGGGGACGCCGAGAAUGCGCCUCUGGUGAGACGAAGGGUUAUUUUCUGCCUAGACAACAGCUGAAAAUCACAAGACGCUGAAACGUACACAGGCCCGUGUCCCAGAGAGGUUGCCCAAGGGCCCGAGCACCAUGGGCCCGGUCGUCUCACUCAGGGGACACCACGCUGCUACUCCUCUGUCAAAAACGACAGAAACUGCACACACUCAUAACUUACACACUCGUGCAUCAUUUAGAUUCCCAAGGCCUCGCACCUCGGACGCGAGAGUAAAUGCAGCGUUUGCUGGAUAUGCUGAAAGCGCUUCGCACCGUUCUGCAUGGUGAUGACUGUCUUAUCGCUUAUAUCUAUCAUAAUAACUACCCAAUGGGACAUAAAUAUAUCAUCAACACGUCACUCAUGCAGAUGCUGUUCAAUUCACACACACACACACACACACAAACACACACACACACAUGGCUCCCUCCACUUGAACAGAGGAAUAUGUCAUUUUCUGCCCGUGGUCACGUGACCGCUCGCCCUGUGAGAUGGAUGGAGAUGGAUCUCCACGUCAGCUCGCGUCUGAAAAUUUCAGCUGCGCGAAUAUGCUUCAAAGGCACAGCAGCAACAGCAGCAGCAGCCGCGCCGGAGCGCGUGUGUAGAGCCCGGCCAAGCCCCGAGCCAUGAUGGAUUUUGACGAGCGGGUGCCCGUUGGGUCGAACAUGUAUCUACCCAGCUGCACGUACUACGUGUCCGGGACGGACUUCUCGAGCCUCCCGCCGUUCCUGCCCCAGACCCCGUCGUCCUGCCCCAUGACAUACUCGUACUCGUCCCCCAGUCUCCCGCAGGUCCAGUCCGUAAGGGAGGUCUCCUUCAGGGAAUAUGGCAUUGACACAGCCAGCAAAUGGCACCACCGGGGAAAUCUGUCCCACUGUUGCAGCGCGGACGACGUGGUGCACCGGGACUGUCUAUCGAGCCCCGGGACGCUGGGGGAAAUGUUUGCAAAAAACAACUCGGUUGUCUAUCAUUCCGCGCCCAGCCACACGUCCAAUCUAUACGGCGGCGUGGGCAGGAACGGAGUCCUACCGCAGGCGUUUGACCAGUUCUUCGAGACCGCAUACGGCAGCACAGAGAGUGUGUCAACGGAGCAGCCGGUGGACAGGACCGCCAGCAAACCACCGCCUGCACCGGAGUCCGGCUCGGACACGUGCCGGGAAACGGGGGAGAAAGAGCGGCGCGAGGAGAACAGCAGCCCUGAAUCCUCUUCCGGCAACAAUGAGGAGAAAUACAGCGGCGGCAGUGGCCAGAGGACACGGAAAAAGAGAUGUCCAUACACAAAGUACCAGAUCCGGGAGCUGGAGAGAGAGUUCUUCUUCAGCGUGUACAUAAACAAGGAGAAGCGCCUUCAGCUCUCCCGGAUGCUGAACCUCACCGACAGGCAGGUCAAGAUUUGGUUUCAAAACCGGCGGAUGAAGGAGAAGAAGCUGAACCGGGACCGGCUGCAGUACUACAGCGCGAACCCACUGCUGUGAGCCACGAGCUGGGAGCGCGAGAGGCCCGCGCUGGGACAGCACAGACGCGAUGGUUAAUUUCAAGUUCGCGGCUGUGGGCGACAUUCCGCCCUUCGGACUCCAAACUGCAACUGGAAUCAGGAUUUCUCUUAGUUGUGAUGCCCCUUCGUGCUCUGAACUAAAGAAAAAAAAACAUUAUUUGCAAUGUGUCGUGUUCCACGGCAGGGCGCC